AUGGAGCGAAGACAUUUGAACACUGAGUUGACAAUCACUUUUAGUAUCCUUGGAGUGGCUCUUUUUUGAAUCUGUGUGUCUACUGUGAUCAUACUUUGCCACUUGUUAAGGAAACAUAAAGUAGCAGCUACUGCGAAGAAGAGAAUUGAGUAUAAAUAAAAACAGGACUGAUAGUCAGAUCAAACUUGAAACAAACCGAAACCUGGUUGAUAUCGAGCAGAGUUCGAACAAAUCUGAAUCGAAGAGGCUAGAGUUCAGCUCGAUUUGUCAAGAUAGGUUUGAGAAUAAAGUACGAGAGUUCAGUUCAAUUACCUCACAAAUGCCCAGAGCAUCUGUGAAGGUACCAGAUCAGAAGGAGGAAGUUGAGAUAAAGAAGGAGGAUAAGAUGUAAGAGUCAUGUUUAAUUUGUGCCCUAUUUUAAA